AUGGAAUAUCAAGGUGAUAACAGAGAAGAAAACACUUUUCACCGUCUGCCAACGCAACACGAGAAGACGGAAAAACUUGAGUGUUCGGAAGUCUAUCGCAUCAAAUGCGGCAACGGUGUGCAGAAGUAUAUCAGUGAAACAGGAAGAAAAUUCGGCCUACGAAUCAAGGAAAAUCCAAGUCUCUGCAGAAACAUGGAUACACAAAUAUCAGAAAUAGCGGAACGCAUUGCACGGACGGGUCACGAAAUCGACUGGAAAUGA